GUGUGUGAGUGUUAAGGGUGAUGGUGAGGGUGGGGAUCCUCCUAACACACAGAGGGGGAAGUCCCGCACCAAACAGCGACAUCAUAUCCAAAUUAGCUUCCAUGCAGAAAAACAGGACCGUUUCUCUCACACAGUUGUCUUCAAAAACAGAUUCUCCCUUCGUCUCACAGGAGUGAGGGCCUCUGGGGGGCGAUGGGUAAAAGAUGCAAAGAGGGUGAGCAGCUAGAUGCCUUGACCAGAUCAUGUGUCCCCUGUCGCAUAUUAUGUCAGCAACUGCCUGCAUCCCCCAGUUGUGCCGUUUACUGUGAGCCUGCACUCUGCAGGGCUAAGCCCGGCCACUACUACGACAGGCUGGUGAGGAGAUGUAUGAAGUGUGCAGACAUUUGUGGUAAACAUCCAGCAGAGUGCUCCCCACACUGCCCGACUCAGUCACCUCUGACGGCAACCAAAAGACUCCCUUCUGAAGUUAGCAAGCAGGCAGUGAACACCAAGCCACCACUAGGACCUUUGGACCCUGCCAUCCAAUUGUAUGCCCUCCUAGGUUUAUGCACAAUACUGCUGCUUUCCAGCCUGUGUCUCGCCUUGGUUGUGUUUCUGAGGAGAGGAAAGGCCAAAAGCUCAAACACCAAACCCACAAGUACCAAAAACCAGAAGCAGACGAGUGCUGUUCAGCCAGGACAGGAGUCUGGCUUUCCAGAGAGUCAGACCGAAAGAAGCCUCAAAGAUUGUCCGUCCAGUUCAACUUAUUCCCCCUGCCGUGAGUCAUCAGAGGACUCCUACCCAACGGAGACCUGCGUGUGUGUCCACUGUUUCCCUGACCUGAGGGAGCUCAGCCAGGACAGCAACAGAAGGCAGAGGCCAUCCUAUUCAUUCUACCAGCAGGGCAUCCUUCAUACAGCCCACGUCCAAAACGGGGGUUCCCUGUGGACGGGGGCAGCCUGAGCGCCUCAGGUCCAAAAGCACAGCAGGAGGCAGCAGUGGGAUGAGGUCCGUCUGCAAAACUACAGCUGGAGGAUUUCUACUUGGGAUACUGGAGGUUGCUAGUUAAUGCACAGUUGACUGAUAAGGGAGUGCUCAGCGGUAAAAGGCAGAACUUUGUGGUGACCUGCAAUAUUUUAGGCCCAACAAGCAACCAUGAUACUUUGUUCAAACUAAGAUCUAACUAGGACUAUGGCAGACACAUAAAACAAACUUUAAAGGUUUUGAGGUUUUACCUCAUGUUUCUCAAAGCGUAACAUCUGCUCUGACAUUUUUCUGUAUAGUUUUUUCAUGACGGCACUUAAAAUACAGUCGGGGAGCAACAGGGCAACUCUGGUUACACCGGCUUGCAAGGACAUAAAAUAUCACAUUUUGUCACGCUACAAACACAGACUUGGUGGAUUUUAUUAAGAUUUUUGUGGCAAACCAACAAAAACGAGUAAUUAGUGAAGCGAGCGUAAUAUUUGCCUAAAUGCAAUAAAGUGGACCCCCCGCCCAUUUUGACAUUUAGUAUUCACAGAGUCACCUUUUUUAGGACAUAACUCCAAAUUUGUGAAAGAUUUGCUGAUUUUUUCCCCUGGAGCAUGUCUUAAAUAUUCAAAAUAAAAAAGAUUUUGGGAAGCUGAAAUACUUUGACAAUGCUACUUGACAUGCAAACUAGCCAAUCCAGAAGCACCAUUAAUUUUACUUGCCACUGACUGGAAGCCUCCCCCAACCCCUCCAAGAAUAAAGAUAAGGAAGACAGUAGAUGCUAGCAUCUGGGAUAAUGCUAAGAUAUAAUAAUGUAUAUGAAGGUAUAUUCAAUUUUUAGACCAUUGAAAUAGGCAAUUAUAAAUGUUUUUGAUGGAGAGUCUGAAGUAUUCACAGAUUUUAAGUAUUCGCAGGUGGUUUUAAGUCCUCUCCCAAUACCACAGGUCAACUGUACCCAACGUUUGGCAGCAUUUUUUCCCUCAAAAUCCCAAUAAAUCAUGCUAAAGUUAUUGUUUUAACAAGACAAAUUGUGAGAAUAUUGCUUCUGUAAAGAUUUGCUUGAUGUCAUUCAGUUUGUUUUCAACGGUUCAACUCUAUGUAAAGUGCUUUGCUACGUUUUCGUAGGCAUUUGCUUGUCUGUCUGAGAAAACGAAACAUGACAAAUAAAGAGAAUCCCACUGAGUGGUAAAACGAGCAGAAAUAGUUGACUACUACGAACAGGUGUAAAGGUCAAAGGUUCCCGCAGUCAUUUCUAAAAAGAUUGGGUAGAGAUUGUCUCAAAGCUGAAUACCUACAGCUUUUACAGCCGUCUUGGGAAAAACCAGUUUAGUGUUGAGAAUUCUGAGUCACUACAGAAGCUGAUCAGUGGUUGAGUGAUAACUCGACCUGAAACACAAACUCUUGACUGGUUUUUAUUAUUAAACAUAAAAUCACAAGGUUUCAGUAUGAGGGCAUCAGCCUUUCUGAAGUGGGAACACAAGGAAGGAACAUUGUAGAGGAUAUAACAGUGUAAACAAACCUCAUAAAAAUGUUUUUCAAUCCAAUUUUAAUCAUUCAAUUGGGUGUUUUAGUUUCAGUUUCUGGCUCAGCAUUUCCAAAAGGAAUGUUUUUAUAUGCAUGUCCACUUGGCUUUGACCCUGUCUGACCCUAUAAAACAAACCUCCUCACACCCACCGUCUGCUUUGGCGUGUGAAGGUGUUGGGCCUGUUAUUAACAACAGAUCAUGAUUUCAACCACUUUAACAAGUCCAAAUGUGUGUAUGCGAUAAUGUGACACACGCACAAACGUAAAUGCCCGCAUAUAUACUAAAUAAUAAAGACAGGAAAGCAAAGCCUACCCGUGUGAGGGGGAGGACGCUGGUUCCCAGACUCAGGUGGUUUACCUGAUACUUCCAGAGGAGGAUGAGAAGCUACAACAUUUGCUUCAUUUCUACUCUUUGUGACAAACGUUUUGACUUGAUUUAACUGUUCAACUCUCCCAGUCUAGCGUAACACUGAGGAAGACUGCGGAAGAUGUCACGGUCUGUCAAUGGAGACUGAUGGGGUGUCCCCGUCAGCGGUUCAGUUCCCGAAAAAAACACAAAAAAUAAAAAUAAAAUAAAAUAAACACUGGUAAACUCGCACACAGACCGCGCGCACACACACAGUUUAAAAAGCUCAGGUGGGGUCAGUGCGACCCUCUCGGAGCUGCUGCGGUUAUUCAUUCAUUUUUAGCUAAUUUCACGCGGCACAGUCACAUUUAGCUAGCAGAAAGAGCGUCACGCCGCCAAAUAAACAAACGUAAACUGACCAAUAGCAUUCAGGUUUAGAAUGUACGUGCCCACGCCGACGCACAAAGAUGUAGGCCACGUCAGUGGCGUAUCUAGGCCUGUUUUAGGGUGCUCUAGUACCCCUAAAACUGUAUCUCAGCACUCCUGAAUCAGGUUGCCAUCCUUCCCGUAAAGUACGGAGACGUCCCAUUUUUGACCUUUAAAUGUGCGUCCCGUAUUGAACCGAUACAUAACUGUCCGAUAGAAACGCCUGUCAUACACACAUCAACACUAAGUUUAACAAUAAUGACCAACAUAAAACACAGGAAAUAUUAAGGUCAGCUAAAUUGUCGUGGUGGGA